GCGGAAGUUUCAAAGGAAAACAGUCAGAAAAGUUUCAACGAAAUUUUCCAGGGAAAUAGUAUUUUCAAUUCUCAAACAAUCUAAAAUUCUCCCUGGAUAAAUGCUUACUGUCCUGCGAUCAUGUACAUCAGUGUUGCGAUUAGGGAUGCGUUACGAGACCAGCCAUCGUACCAACAUUUUGAAUAAAUUUAAAACCAGUGUAGUUCAUGUUUUAAAAUUCUGCAGCUCCGAUACACAGAAAACGCCCGGAGAUUUGAAAAUCAAGAUGCCAAGAGCCAAGGCAGCAAGUAAGGCUGCUCCAGCUGCAAAGAAGGCUCGUGGCCCUAAAGCUCAUGCAUUAGCAGAAACCUUUCCUAAUGGUGAAAUAUUGAAAGACACAAUGAAGAAGGAAUGGAGAUUGGGAGAUGUGAUUGGUCAAGGAGGUUUUGGUUUAAUUUAUAAAGCCUCAGAUAAAAUAGGAAGUGUUGUUAAUGCUAAUGCUGAAUAUGUAGUAAAAAUUGAACCAGUUGCAAAUGGGCCAUUAUUUUGCGAAUUACAUUUUUAUCAGAGGGCAGCUAAACCUAAUAUCAUUGAUGAUUGGAUAAAACAGAAAAAGUUAAAAUAUUUACCUGUACCCAAACUCUGUGGUGCUGGUACACAUAAUAAAAAUAGUAAAACGUACAGAUUCUUGGUCAUACCUAGGUAUAGCACAGAUCUACAGAAACUCUUUGAAUCUAAUGGUAAAUCAUUCUCCCACAAGGCUGUUUAUAGUAUUGGUUUGAGAAUGAUAGAUGCCCUGGAAUACAUGCAUGAGAAUGAUUAUGUACAUGCUGAUAUUAAAGCAGCUAAUAUAUUACUAGGUUAUAAAGAUGGUAAAGUACUCAAUGAUCAGAUAUUUUUAGUAGAUUUUGGUUUAGCGUUUAAAUAUGUUGUUGAUGGUAAACAUAAAGAAUAUAAAGAAGAUCCACGUAAAGCACAUGAUGGUACUGUAGAAUUUACCAGUAGAGAUGCUCAUAAUGGUGUCUCGCCAUCAAGAAGAGCAGAUAUAGAAAUAUUAGGUUAUUGUUUAUUACAAUGGUUAUGUGGUGUUCUACCGUGGGAGAAUAAACUUGAUGAUAAAGAUUAUGUUCGAGAUGCUAAAAUAAAAUAUAUGAAAGAUAUUCCAACAUUAAUGAAAAAAUGUUUUCCUGAUGGUGAUGCUCCAGAUGUGAUCAGUACAUUCCUAACAGCUGUAGCUAAAUUAAAAUAUGAUGAUAAACCCAAUUACACUCAGUUGAGACAGAUAUUACGACAAGGUUUGAACAAAGUUGGAGUAAAAGAUGAAUGGAAAUUAAAUUUAUCAAUAGAUGGUUCUAAUAAUAAUGUUUCACCCAAGAAACGUGCAAAAAGCCCUAAGAAAGCCGCUGCAAGUCCGGCCCCUAAGAAAGCCACUGCAAGUCCAGCCCCUAAGAAAGCCACUGCAAGUCCGGCCCCUAAGAAAGACACCGGAAGUCCUGCACCUAAGAGAAAAGCAGCAAGUCCAGCACCAAAUAAGAAAGGAACAAAGAGAAAAUCAGAGGAUCCACAGGCCUCAACUUCAGACAGCCCAUCAAAACAGAAAAAAACAAGUGGUCUGACACCAGCUCAGAGACAAAUUUUAGCUAAAAUGAAUGGCAACAGUAAACCAAGUCCCUCAAGCAGAGCUAAAAAAUCGGCACCAGCACCCAAAGUAACUAAAAAAUCUCCCGAAAAGCCUUCUGUGAAAUCCCCAAGUUCUGGUAAACGACAACGUAAAACUAUUAAUUACGUCGACGACGAAUCUGAUGAGAAUUUAUUUUCUGAAGAAGAUGAGGAUAGAGAUUUAAAUGCAGAUGAUUUCAGUGAAGACGAGGAUUUUGAACCGUCUCCCAAAAAAUCUCGAGCUUCUACACCUUCAAGAGCAAAGAAAUCUACAACAGAUGAAAGAUCGCCAGCUAAAGAAAGUGCUUCUAAAAAUGGGACCAAGCGUGUUGUACGUAGGAAGAAAAUCAAUCAAGUCGAUGCUGAAAGCCAGACAUCACCUGCUGUCACUAAAAAGAAAAAAAGAUGAAAUCUACUAAUGGUGGUUUAUUUCUUUAGUAUCAAACUGAAUAUAUAAAAUAUUGACAGCUUUUUGUACAAUUUGUAUAGUAAAUAGAUGAUACCCACACUCACCAUGCUGUAUAUCAAAGACAUCAACACAAGUUGAUAAGGUUAAAAAGUUAUUGCCCUUGAUUGUGUUGUAGAUGCUUGUUAAUACUGUAUUUAAAUAAUAUUGUACGGUUAGAAGAUUUUGCUUUUUACUUACAUAAAGAAUCACACUUUGGCAGCCUUUAUAGACAGCUCAGACCACUUAACUGCUGUGUACGUAUGGUUGAUUGAUUGCCUGGCAACCUGACUUACAGUUAGCUUUGGUUUAAAAUAUUUUAUUCAAUUGUUAGUCCUUCAUAUAUUCAAAGUAUACAAGAAGGAGUUAAAAAAUAAAGCUUAUACUAAUCCUUUCGAUUAAAUAUAAACUUUCAUAAAUAGGAGGGAAAUGUCAUAAAAUCCGUACAAAUAAUGAAUAAAUUAUAUUUAAUAAUAAUGUUUUGUGCUUAAAGGAGAACUACAUCAGACUUAUUAAAUAUUUUGAUCAUUAUCUGGUGCGUGGCUGUGAUGUUAUGGGAGGCAAUCCAGGCAAUAUAACACAACAAAACAUAUGCUAGGUAGCUACUUCAUGCGGCUGAAGAUGAAUAGGUGAUAUAAAAAUAAAAUGUAGUUCGAUCAAAGUUGGUUUGUUUAUUUACUGUAACAGACAGUUCUUCUUAUAUCACAGCCAGUCUGUUAUUAUGUCUGAAUUACUGGUGAAAUAGUUUGCAUUUGGGAUCUAUUUUAAUGCAAUUGCUGGAAUUCUCCUUUAAUUGCUUCAAGCUUUAAUGAAAAAAGUCCAAACUUGAAUAUUUAAAUAUGUAUCUUGUAACUACAUAUUGCUUGUUCAAAUGUUGUAUUAUGUCAUAUAGAAAUGAAAUAGGGUUUAACAUCCUACUGUUCUGCUCUGACUGGACUAUAGAAAAUAAUGAAAUACUGAUCAGCUUAUGUUUAAUUCUGAUGAAUGACAUGGCUAAGUGGGCUGUAGAACAUGUUGGCUGAGUGGUCUGUAGUACAUAGUUGCUAAGUGGUCUGUAGAACAUAAGGUCUAUUAUAUUUGUCUGUGCCAGUAGUCAUAGGUUUGAUCAUCAAUAGGGUGCUUGAUCUUGCCUUUUGUGAUUUUCUCUGAUUAAUCUUGUUUCCUUUAACUUCUAGAGACCAUAUUACUUAAAUUAUGUAAAUAAAAAUUACAAUGUUAGCCCUGAAGAAACAAAUAGAUGUACCUCAUAUUUCUCUAUUUUUUGAAAUCUAUCAAAAAAAUUUUGUAAGCCAUGUGUAAUAUGAACUAUUUUAUUCAAGAUUUGUUCCUUAAUAUGUAGCAGUAUUUCAUGUUAUUACAAUACCAGUUUAUGUUAUAAAUGACAAGAGGAGAUGUAAAUGUUUAUAUUAAAGGACAAUAUUGGUGUCAGUCAUUAUCACAUAUAUGAUAGAACUGGUUUAACAUGUUCCAAAUAUAAUUUUUACACUUGUCACUAGAAAAGAGAAAACGAAAGAAUAUAGAAAAAAUCUGUGCAUUACCAUGUUUUGAUUAAGUAUAGAAUGAAUAAAAACAAGUGAAUGCACAGACUAUUUAUAUUUGUCUCGUGUUCUCUUAUCUAAUGACAUUCAAUUACUUUUUUGAAUUGUCAGAUAUCCUCAUAUCUUCUCACAGUCUCACAUAACAACUUCUUGUCUUCGAAGGAAUUGUUAGUGAACAGAAAUUCACCCGUGUGUCUGUUAUCAUUCCUCACUUCAGUCAGUUAUAUAGAAGGAUAACUUGUGUUUUCCUUUUGUGUUCGUCACUUCCUUUUGUAGAAACCUUCAUUACGCAUCUAUGGUAGCAAUGAUCUCUGUGUUAACAUUAUAUUUGGAACGUGUUUAACGAGUUCUAUCACACAUGUGAUAAUGACUGACACCAAUAUUGUCCUUUAAUAACUAGUUUGUAUAGAAUCAACCCCUGUACAUCAAUCAUAAUCUUCAUUGUAUCACUCAUGUGUAUGUAUAUAUAUAUAUUUCUGUUGAUAUACUGAAUAUAGUGCUCAUUUAUGUCAUUUUA